CAAUCAUGUCAUCCUGUGGCUGCAAGGUGAGAAGAUAUCGGUGAGGCCGUUCUCUCCAAAGGACAUGUUCGCAAGGGGUGUAGGUGUGCGAGUUCUACGAAACUGCACCCGAGCCACCAAGAUCCCUUCGACUUCUGCAGCACGCCAAAUCCCAAGGCGGUUCUCCUCUACAUCGACCGCCAUCAGCCAUGCUGCACCUCCGACCGCUCACCCUCUUGCUGGUGUUGCGUCACAACUCGAUCAUGUUGCCCCUCGAUUCGAAAUAGACCCUGAUAAUAUCGAAAUCCUCGAUUCCCCGACUGCUUUCUACGAGACGCUGAAGGCCAAAAUACGAGGCGCAAAUAGAAGAAUAUACUUGUCCACACUAUAUAUCGGAAAGACCGAACACGAAUUGAUUGAUACACUGAGGGAAGCUCUUGAAGCCAAUCCCAAUUUAGAGCUCUCGAUCCUCACGGACGCUCUUCGAGGGACUCGUGAAGAUCCAGAGCCAUCAUGCGGCACUCUUCUGGCACCACUGAUCUCCCAGUUUGGGGACAGAGUGAGAAUAUCUAUGUUUCAUACUCCCAAUCUGAAUGGGUGGAAAAAGACGUACAUGCCCAAGCGCAUCAACGAGGGAUGGGGCUUGCAGCACAUGAAACUGUAUGGUUUUGAUGAUGAGAUUAUGCUCUCGGGUGCCAACCUGUCCAAUGACUACUUCACGAACCGACUGGACCGCUACCACCUGUUCAAGUCCAAGGAGCUCGCCGAUUUCUAUGGAGCUGUUCAUGAAGGUGUCUGCGAUAUUUCAUACACGCUUCGGCCUUCAGACGAACACUCAGGAGGGUUUGAGCUGAUCAGCCCUCAUGAGCGGGGGUUUCCCGACCCAUUAUGGCAUACCAAGAGAUUCAAGCAAUAUGCAAAAGAGACUCUCGAACCACUCAUCCAUAAGAAGGCCAGACAGAAGAUGUUUCCAGUGCCAUUCACCAAGGAUAAAACUUUUGUGUACCCUCUAGCCCAGUUCGACAUCCUACUCGGCCAACCUAAGAACAUCGCCUUUCUCGACUACGAAUUUGCGACGUACACUUCGACAGAGAAACCAGCAAUAACGCGGUUACUAACCAAUCUCGCGGAAGACGAGCGUUUGCACGAGUCCCAAUGGACCUUCACGGCAGGUUACUUUAAUAUUGAUCCCGACAUCUGCAAGUUGCUCAUUGCAGCUGCACCGGAACCUGGCGUUAUUGCCCCAGGCACCAAAGCCUUCGAAAAGGCAUGCACCGUGCUCACCGCCUCGCCUUGGGCCAAUGGCUUCUAUGGAAGUCCCGGUGUGAGCGGUAUGCUUCCAGCAGCAUAUACGCUUUUAUCCAGGCGUUUCCUCCGUACUGUCGCAAACGCAGGUAAGGAGGAUCAGAUAGCAUUGAAAGAAUGGCGCAAAGGCACCGUCGGAGAGCCAGGAGGAAUGACGUACCAUGCCAAAGGACUCUGGGUGACGCUGCCACCACAACCAGGUCCAGACACGAAUGUCAUUGAUGAAGCCGGCCCCAGCGUUACCGUAGUCGGGAGCAGUAACUACACGAAAAGAAGUUACAGUCUCGAUCUGGAAGUCGGCGCGAUGGUCCUUACAGGCGACGAGAAACUCAAGGCCAAAUUGAAGAAGGAGACCGAGAGCCUGGAGGCAGAUGCGACGGUUGCGACACAGGAUACUCUGGCUAGAAUCGACAGAAGGGUGGGCUUGAAAGUCCGACUCGCACUGUGGUUGGUUGAAGCGCUAGGCGGUGCACUCUAACUGUGCAAAGGUGGCCCUCUGUGACCUCUGCAGUAUUGAUGCCGCUGUCACGGGGUUCAAUAUUUGGACUGGAUGUGGACAAAGUCUAGACCCAAGCGGAUCGGAUAUUCUACCCGAACGAAGUAUUUUCCAAGGAGAGGUAAGCUGUCAUCUGAUGCCCACGCCCUCAUUUUGAACUGGAGAUGCCUGGAAUUUUCUCCAACGUUCUGUCGGUCUUUUGCGAGCUUGUGUCGGGUUCACCUACCACUCGUCCUAGCUGGAGCGAGAUUGGUCUGAUGGAAGGGUCCAAAGAGGGAGAGACAUCGCACGGCGUCGGCACAAAAAAGAGUGCCGUUGAGAAUCUUUCUUGACGCAGCUGCACAAUUUCGGUGUGUGUAUCAUUUGAGAAGUGGUCUCGUCAUAUCUCUGCGCUUCUGGGAUUGAUCUCAUAAUUCGGGAGUCACCGCUUCAGUACCUGGGAUUCAGGUUGUAAAGUAUGGAUGUAAUAUACAUAUAUAGAAAUUGUAUAAUACCAGGUAUGUACAUCGAGGUAUAACACUCACCUCUCACAAAGUCUGUC